ACACUGCCCAUCGUCUUCAAGCUCUGUCCAAUCCCAUUACGCCAAAUCAACCUCCUGACCUUCCAAAUUUUCAUCUGAUCGACCUGUGCUAGACACGAAUCUCGCUUCUCGCAAGACCUAGCUAGCCUUUUACCGGAUUCGCGACUUGACGAAAACAAAAACAUUCAAACAAAGCUCAUUUUAGAAGAUUAUGGAGGCUACUCUCCCUACCGCCAACAUCGGGGUCAAUUACACGGAGGAGUUGGCUGCCAUCACCACCUUUCUGAGCAAAUACGUCAAACCUCAAGCCCAGGCUGGUGCCAUUCCCCGAGAUGACGAUGAUGAAGCUGAAGAUGACGUCGAGUCGGAGGACGAAGACUUGCUAGAUGACAUGGAGGACAUGGACGUCGAGGGACAAGAUGGCGGGCGAAGAACAAAAGCCAAGUACAUGAAGAUGUUUACCAAGGUGGCCAAUCGUCAACUGAACGAUGUCGUGAUCGACUUGGGCGAUCUGCAACGACAUGAUCCGGAAUCUCCUCUUCUAGGUCACAUCUUGAACAACGCGCGUCGUUACAUCAACCUCUUUGCCAGCGCCAUCGACAGCCUUCUUCCUCCUCCCACGGUCGACGUACAAUCAGAAGUCAUGCCGGACGUACUAGAUGUGAUCAUGGCGCAGAGAAGGAGGAUGAACGAGAUGAGGGAAGACGGCGCAGGUGGAGAUGCUGCCGAGGCAGCAGCUGAGCUGGGAGAGCAACUGUUCCCACCCGAGCUACUUCGACGAUACAACCUCUACUUCCGACCUCCUCGCAACCAGUCGGUCUUGGCGGUCCGAGCUGUCCGAGGGGCUCAUCUCGGUAAACUCAUCACCGUCCGAGGAAUCGUCACCCGUGUAUCCGAGGUCAAGCCGCUCCUACUCGUCAACGCCUACACAUGCGACAUGUGUGGAAAUGAAAUCUUCCAAGAGAUUGCCCAAAAAUCGUUUACCCCGCUGCAAAAGUGUCCCAGCGCGACUUGUCACAGGAACGGAGCGCAGGGGAACUUGCACAUGCAGACCAGAGCCAGUCGAUUCAGGCCCUUCCAGGAGGUCAAGAUACAGGAAAUGGCCGAUCAAGUUCCGGUAGGGCAUAUUCCUCGCUCGAUGACUAUCCACCUGUAUGGAGGUUUGACCCGCAAGGUCAACCCUGGCGACGUCAUCCACGUUGGCGGAAUCUUCCUGCCUACCCCCUAUACCGGUUUCCGGGCCAUGCGAGCAGGUCUUCUCCAGGACACCUAUCUCGAGGCGCAAAACAUCCAUCAGCUCAAGAAGCAGUACUCGGCCAUGGAGUUGACGCCCGAAAUUGAGGCUGCCAUUCGAGAUUUGCAGACGGAUCAGCAACUGUACGCUCGGUUGGCCAACUCGAUCGCACCCGAGAUUUACGGCCACGAAGACGUGAAAAAGGCGCUUUUGCUCUUGCUCGUUGGGGGUGUCACCAAGGACAUCAAGGACGGCGUCAAGAUCAGGGGAGACAUCAACAUCUGUCUGAUGGGGGACCCAGGCGUGGCCAAAUCGCAGUUGCUCAAGUACAUUACUAAAAUCGCCCCGCGAGGAGUCUAUACGACCGGUAAAGGAUCCUCGGGUGUCGGUCUUACCGCUGCCGUCAUGCGAGAUCCGGUCACCGAUGAGAUGGUCUUGGAGGGAGGCGCUCUUGUCCUGGCUGACAACGGUAUCUGUUGCAUCGACGAGUUUGACAAGAUGGAAGAAUCGGACAGGACCGCGAUCCAUGAGGUCAUGGAACAACAGACGAUCUCCAUCUCGAAAGCCGGUAUCACUACCACGCUCAACGCCAGGACCUCGAUCCUCGCUGCAGCGAACCCUCUGUACGGUCGAUACAAUCCCAAGAUCUCGCCGGUCGAGAAUAUCAACUUGCCCGCCGCGCUUCUCUCGCGUUUCGACGUAUUGUUCUUGAUCCUCGAUACGCCUACUCGAGAGGACGACGAACGAUUGGCGCAUCACGUCACGUAUGUGCACAUGCACAACACGCAUCCUACUUUGGACUUUGAGCCGAUCGAGCCGACCUUGAUGAGACACUACAUCGCCGAGUGUCGAAAGGUCCGGCCCAUCGUCCCUCCUGCCAUGUCCACAUACAUCGUUGACUCGUACGUGCAGAUGAGGAAGCAACAGAAGGAAGAAGAGGCGGACGAAAAGUUCAACUCGUACGUCUCGGCGAGGACCUUGCUCGGAGUCCUACGUCUAUCGCAAGCCCUGGCGCGUCUGCGUAUGGACGACGUGGUCGGUCAAGGCGAUGUCGACGAGGCGUUACGACUGAUGGAAGUGAGCAAGUCGAGCUUGUACGAACACCAGAUGACGCAGAACAGCGGUGAGGAUCAGACGGACGCGAGCAAGAUCUUUAGGAUCAUCAAGGACAUGGCGACGGCGCCCCGUGCUGCAAAGAAGGCUCGACGAGGCAGGCGCGACUCGGACGAAACGAGCGAUGAUGAAGAUGAGGAUCUCGACGAGCUCAACAUGGUCGACGUUAGGAGCCGGGUGCUGGCCAAGGGCUUUACCGAGAGCGCUCUGAUGGAGACCUUGAUCGAGUACGAAAACAUGGGCGUGCUCGUCCGAGCUGCCAAUGGCAGCCUUUUGCGAUUCGUUGAUGUGUCUGAUGACUGAAUGUAGAGGGACUGCUACGUGCCGUGUACUGGUGAUCAUUUGGCUGGUUGUACCUGGAUAUAAUGACGAUGCUCGGUG